CGGGUCAACCCCAGCACCAUCUCCCCCGCCUCCACCCCAUCAUCACCGCAAUCGGCGAAAUUCGUGGAGAAGGGCAGCGAUGCUCUCGCCACCGCCGCAGCGGAGGACGUGCAGAAGGCCUCGGAGAAGACCCUAUCUAUCUUCUACAGCUUGGAAGUCUUGCUUCGGCGCCAAACAGUCUCUUCGCCCCUCCCCCCCUCUCCCUCGGGUCCCUGAGUGGCCGCACGGCCGUAUAAUGUGA